CUAGUUUGUUUUUKKUUUUUUUUUUACACGUGACAGUUGCCGAAAAAGUGGUGAUGGGCACAUUYAAGUGUAGCAGCUGUAAAUACKWGCCAGGAUUAGCCGAUCCCAAGACUAMAGUGUUCAAAGAUUAUAAAAACAAGACAGAAAAAGUGCUCAAGCAAUCGUAUGCGUCYCACAAGUACGUUACAUCUGUAGAUGUAGUAGCUUUUUGGCCAGGAAGUGUAGUUGUGGAGUUUCAGCUCACAUUAAUUGCUAAUGUCUCWGCGCCAUUGUCACCAUUCAAAGCAGUCGUAUGCAGUCAAGGAGGGAGCCUUGAUGGAUUAAAUAUAGACAUCAGCAGUAUUCAAGAAGGGGACUAUAUUGCACCUACUACACCUACGAUUUUGACCAGUAUAAAAACAUCUACAGAAAGUCAUCAGGCGUCUAUCAUAGUUCUUGGUGUGUUGCUUGGCGUGGCGCUGGUUUUCAUUUUCAUCKUARUUGGUUAUAUUCUUUGGAAGCGUUUGAAAGAAAACAAAGAACAACCAAGCAAAAGGGAGAAUAUCGAGAACGAAGUUGGAUACGAGAAUGCGAUUGCUCUUAAAGAACAACCAACCAUUACUGAUGGACAGAAUUUACAGCUGUACGAACCUAUUGGCAACGAAAGAGAACCGGAAUAUACUAACACGAUGUCUACAUACCAGUCAGUCAACCCUCACACGGAUAGCUAUAGUUCUUUUAGUCCAGACACCAGGCUCCCUCCGAAACCCACAGGUAUCCCAUCCAAUGAAAUCUACCAGGACAUCCAAGAUUUUUCCCAACAGUACCACUCUCUCGACAGCUUUAGCCGAGUUUAGAGUGKCUUGAUGUUUAGACAUUUCUUUUUCGGUUUUAAACCAAAAUCAAGCGCUCACUUUCACAGAAAAUUAAUCUUGGAUUAUGUAUUUAACAUACGAUCUGCUGAUUAUCACUCAGCACUCAUAAUAUUUGCAUAGCAUUCUGAACUAUUUACGUCGGGAGAAUCUACGUAGCACUCAGUUGAUGUAWUAUAUUCAUAAAGAUAUAAUACAAAACACAUAAUACAAUAGAACGAGAAACAAUGGAAUACAAUACAUUUUAUGAAUACAUUACAUCAACUGCGUGCUACGUAGGUCACCCCUAUUUACGUCACCUUGCGUUAUCAGUUUGUGGAGAAAACUGUAAAAAGAAAUCCUCCAUGUUUUGUACAAAACAUAUCCUACAAUGCAUUGCGUAUAAGUACAUAUGAAAGAAGUCUAUUCAUACGACUUCGAGUUCAAUUUUUUUUUUUUAUUUAAGCAAUGUUCGGGUGAGUUUUAAAACUCGUGACAAUAUUUAAUCAUAUAAAUGACAAGCGAAAUAAAGUCGAUCUAUUUCUGUUA